AUGAAUUCAUCAUCUACCAUAUCGAUUGAUCUCGCCAUGGAGAUAUUGUUGAGAUUGCCUCAGAAGUCGGUCGCUAGGUUUCAUUGCGUGUCGAAGCUAUGGGCAUCAAUGUUGAGUACCGCAUAUUUCAAGGAAUUGUACAUGACCAAGUCAUUUUUGGCUAAGUCGCGCCUCUUAUUCGCCGUCGGAGAAAACGACAACGAAAACACAAAAGCCAAAGGCUGUGGUGUGUGGAGCUUCUUCUCGUUGCCUCAGCUUGAGAAAGCAUAUGAUAAAUCAUCAUCCUCGACUCUUGUAGCAGCCGCCGAAGUUCAUCUGAAGAUCUUCUCUCCAGAAGAUAUACGAAUCAAUCAUUAUAGUAACAUUAAGUACUUUUCAUGUGGCUACAACUCUGGCUUGAUCUAUUUCCAUGGUUGUCGAUACCAAAGUAAACCUUUGAUCUGUAACCCCAACACAGGAGAGUACGCAGUAUUACCUAAACGGUAUACUUACAGAAAGGCGUAUAGCUUUUUCGGGUUUGAUCCCAUUGACAAGCAAUACAAGGUAUUGUACAUGGCUUACGAUGGUGGUCCUGGUAAUCAUGUAAUUCUUACAUUUGGAACUGUUACAGAUAUGAGGUGGAGAAAGAUCGAAUGUUCCUUACAACAUAAUAUUAAGAGUGAUGGGGUAUGCAUCGAUGGUGUUUUGUACUACUUAGGUGACGACAAUAGAUGGGUUUACACGGAUGGUGCUCAUCCCGUAUUAUUGACUGAUUAUAUGAUUGUUUGCUUCGAUGUGAGGUCUGAAAAGUUUAGCUUCAUUAACGUUGAAAGGUUUUGUCGAUUGAUCAACUUUAAGGGCAAGUUAGCUAUGAUUUACUGGGAGGAUGAUUUCGACUUUUAUGAGGCUGCUACUUAUAAGGGUGAUAUCGACAAGUAUUUGGAAAACAAUCUCGUCGCUGAUGCCAAUAAUGAGUUGCAUGUUUGGGUUCUAGAGGAUGUAGCGAAACAGGAUUGGUCCAAACAUACUUAUACGUAUACCGAUAAGGUUUUCUUCCGUCGUCACGUUUACAUCGCUGGAGCGACUGCUUCGGGUGAGAUAGUGUUUUCCAUGCGCAAGUAUACAUCUGGCCAACCGUUUUAUGUUUUCUGCUUCAAUCCCGAGAGGAACAUUCUCCAACGUGUUAAAAUCCAAGGUUUUGGUGAAGGGUUUGAGAUACGUUGUAACGUUCGCACCUUUGUGAACCACGUUGAGAAUCUUAACGAUUUAGAACUACUCAUGCCGUUUCAUGCUCCAUUUGAGGACACAAAUGAUUCAGAAUCAGAAUCAGAUACAGAUGAAGAUGAUACCAUGUGA